AUGUAGACAGGCAUUGCAGAUAUGAAUGUGCCCCUCUUGCACCCGCCCCUCCUUGCAUCCCAACUGCUGCCCUGACUAUUUGAACUUCUUCGUUAUUGAAUUCUCGAGAUUCCUACCCCGACCUAGGCGCUCGCUAAACCACAAUGGACACAACACCGAUAAGCGGCCUGGACGAGCUCGAGAAACAUGUCGAUGAUCUCGUUCAGGACCCCAGCAUCCCUCUUGAUGCAAAGCUCUUUGACGAUGUCGAGCUCCAGCUCACAGAAAGCAAUACCCCGGCCGUUAUCGUCCGGUUUCUUCCGAAACUCACCGCGAUCUUGAAGCAAUAUACCGAAGACCCAACCGUCCUCGCCAGUCUAGCAAUCAAGCUUCUCCGCCCCGUGUCCUUCACCCAAGUCCUUUCGCUCGCUUCCGAAGAGUCCUUAGUGCAGGCCCUCGACUCCCCCGCGCCGGCCGCAAACCUGCUCGCGAUGACCGUUAUUCACAAAGCUGCUGUGAGCUCGGCCGACGUAGCUAUUCUCUCUACCAUGACGUCAGUUGUAGUGUCUUUCAUCCGGCGGUGGCUGGCCGCGCCGCAGGUCGAGGUGGGACAGAAGGGUGGGAUUGUUCUUGGCGACUUGCUCGACGUCGACUGCGAACUGCCCAUGCCUCCCGUACCAGGGCGCACCGCGACACACACCGAGCUGGUAUUGCGCAAGAGCCCCGGACAGGGCAAGCUAUGGCGGCGGCUUUUUACCGACCGGGCGAUAUACACGCUUCUGGUAGCCCUCUGCGCUGGCCGUCACGCGGACACGAGUGCGAACGUGCACCAGCUGUCUCUGGCGCAGGGCCGGGUGUUGCGGAUCUUGCCUCGGCUGGCAGCUCUGAACCUUCGGGCCGUUAGCCAGUCAGGUAUUAUGGCGACCACGGCUGUGAGUGUUACGAAUGGCUACGGAGAAUCUGAUAGAUCCAUCCCGAAACCCAAGCAGGGCGAGGGGCUUCUCCAGUUUGCAGCACUGCGCAUGGUGGACAAAAGCGAUGCUCUGAUGCACUUGAGCCUAGUGGAUUUCUUCGAGGCGUUUGUAAGCCUGAUGCGUGUGACUGAGUAUUCCGUUCACAAGGUAGAGGUAGUCCGGGCGCUUUUGUGUGAGGCGAUUGAGGAUGAUCUGGUGUUGAAGGAGGCGCUGCUAAGCCUACCAGAACGGAUUGUUCCUGAAGAGGCCGACGACUUGCGGCGAUGGCUCCAGGAAGUGAUGCCCAGAGAGACUAAUAGAGUUCCAUUACGGUGAUGGGCCCAAGGCCUGUCUUUAAUAAAUCACAAUAUCCACGAGUUGCUAAAGUCUGG